UUGCGCGCGAUUCUCUACGCGUGCGCACGCCGCGACGCGUUCUUACCACUUUUUUUAAAAGUCGAAAACAACGAAACAUUUCUCGUUCUCGGUUGCCAGUGUUUGUUUCGAAAUUUCGUAUUUAAAUUUCGAACUAGUAGAAUCAGUGACAGUUUUUGUGACGUUAUUGCUUUGCAAUUUCAAGUGGCAUAGACAAGUGCACACUAUUGUUUGCUUUGUUGACUUGCGCCAGCUGUCAAAAUAUAAAACAGAUUAUCAAGAUUUUGAGAUUCGUCGAGGAAAAUAAACAAUAAGAUCAAACACGCACUAGUGACCUAGAGAAUAACAACUGGCCGAGAUCCGAAAUAAAAAUAUCAAGAUCCAAUCAUUUUGAAAUUAGAACGAACGAUGACAGAUUAGACCAAACUGACUGGCGUAAAAGUUUUCAAAUUAAAAGUAAUAAAUUAAAAAAAAAUAAUGUCAAGGACUGUGGCGCGAAACUGAUUGGUCUUUGAAAAUGUGCGUGAGUGUUACGUGAAUGUUUUAAAAUGGCACAUAAAGUGAAAAAUAAUCAUUACGUGGCUACACAUCGUUCAGGAGUGGACUCGCCUUCGUCUGGAGCAUACCUUCAUAGAGCCUCGUCUAGGGACGAAAAUGACAGUCACAGGGCUCCGUCGGAAAGGACUUUAUCAGAAUAUACGACAAUGGACGAGCGGACCCGGUCGCCAUCCGGCGGCGAGCACAGAAACGGCGACCGUACCGUCGACCGGGCCGACCACCGCACCGACCGGAACGGCAGACGUCACCCCAACGGCUCGCCGAGAGACUCCGGUUCGGAGGUCUACGUCACCAGCGCCGCUUACCGGCCUCCUUCAGAAAUUAGCCGACAGUCGCGGGCGCCCCGCAGUGUCUACUCCUACCGAAGUGCGGUGGCUCCGUCCGUCGCCUCCACUCACAGAUCCAAAGUUUCCAGAAAAGCCGGGGUGAAAGUGGACGCAAUGGCCGCGCCGAACCCGUUCUGCCCCAACGUGAAAGGCAUGUGCUGCCUCAUGCUGCUCUUGAACCUUGGCCUCAUCCUCGUCACGCUGGGUUUCGUUAUCGUACUACAGUUUUUCGAGCCAUUAUUCGUCUGGAUAUUGGGUAUAGUCUUCCUCAUCUUUGGAUUCAUCACGCUUCUUGGCUCGCUGAUAUACUGCGUGGUACUCUGCCGUGAGAACCCCUACCCACGUUACCCCGACGAUUUCUAUUGGACCCACCACUGGUCCAAGACCAUUGGGCCUUCGGAGAUCCAUUACAGCACCAGUGAGAAACCUUACCGCCAAAAUGGUCAUAGUGAUAGGUACAAUAAGUACAACGGGAAAUACUCUGAUAGAGAAAGUGCUAAAGGCUACUCUGACAGGGAAAGCAAAUUGAGUAGGUACUGAGUUAACGUUAGUUUUAUCGGAAUUUGUAUUUAGAACGUGACGUUCAACUUUUAAAUGAUUUUACUUAUGGGAUUUGUAUUUAGAACGCGAUGUUCCAUUUUUAAUUGUUUGGUGCUCUUGUACCCGACAUAAUUUUGACUAUGGUCUACGAAUUUUACCACAGAUUUUUUUGGAAUAAAGAAUCUAUGAAUUUAACACUCUUCAGUUAAUUAAAAUUGCAAAAACUCAACUUACUGAAAGGAUUUUUAUUGUAUAAAAUCGAGAUUUUGCAAUUAGAAAAUGAUUUAUCUCGAGUCUUGUUUAGAUAAAGAUGGAUCUUUCUACAUCUGAUUUUUGUAUUAAGAUAGUUAAAGUCAAAAACUAUUGACAGAAUGUUAUUAUGAAUUUCAUACGGUUUUGUGAAAAGAUAAAGAGGAUAUAACAAUAUAAUGUGUACGCAAGCGAAACUAUUUGGGCUUGUAGUACGAUAAAUAUAUAAAAAUAUACUUACAGAAUAUAUCAAUAAAAAAAUCUUUAAAUGCUUUACUAAUUCACAUAAAACUUUAUAAAUGAAAAUAUUAAGAACAUUAUUGAUCUUCGAAGUUUUGGUACUUAAUUUGUAGAUACUAUUAAGCGAUAAUUUAGGGUAAUUAUUAACCUUGUAAUGUAAAUAAUCCUUAUAAUUUUUAUUACAAAUAUAUAUAAAACACACUCUUUAAAUUGAAUGCCAUACUAAUAAUAUUAUUAUUGAAGAGUGUUUAGUUAUUUUAACUUAAAUAUUGUCGAGGAUACCAUAAUAUUUUGGCGAUUCCUAGAUUUAAUUAUUAUAUUAAUAAAACUGAAGAAUGUUAGAAUAUUAUACAUACAUAUUUAUACGAUUAUACAAACUGGUUUGGUUUGAAAUUCUUGUAGGCAUCUACGAGGCAAUUGUGAAAAAAAUCUUAUUUACAAUUAAAUAAAAUUAACAUA